CCGCGCCAUUUCGCGGCAAGCUUGCCGAUGCCGCUGCCAAGUAAAAAGACCAGAAUGGAGGCUCCUGUGGUAGACGACAAUGGCUCCGAGAAGGAUGACAGGACGAUGCAGCGUGAGGAGAGUGAGCGCCGCCUGUUUGGCCGCCCCUGUGUCCCCGAUGAUGCUGCAGCAUCUGCUGCCACACCCGCACAAGACGACAGUGAAGCGCAUGCCGUACCAGCUGCAGAUGACGAGAACGAAGAUCAUGCCCUAUCAGUCGUGGCAGCUCCAGGUCCGGAGGAGGCGACGAGUGCUGUUACGACACAGAAGGGACGGCGAGGCAAGAGGGCCAAGACCGACGACCUGCAGAUGGAACUCGGUGGGUAACCAGGGCGGGAUCGGAUGCGGGAUGGGAUAGCUAGAUCCACGGGCGGAUGUAACGACACGACAUGCUUGGGAUCUGUCUGUGUGUGUGUGUGUAUGUGUGUGUUGGCAGGUUUUCUGAAUGAGAAGAAUGUUGGGCAGCUGCGCAAGUUGAACCUUGCCACCUUCCCCGUCGUGUACAAGGACGGCUUCUACGCCGACGUCGUCAACCACACCAAAUACUCGCGCCUAGGUGAGUGACCCCACACAGUCACAGAAGUCGUGUAUAAAUGUAGAUCGAUAUGCUCUCUCUCCGUUGUGUGUGAUGGUGGUGUAUUGGACAGCCUACUUAAAGGACGUGUUGGUGGCCGGUUUGUGUUGUCGCGUCGAGACUGCCUCCUCAGCCCUCCCCAUGCCGCCUGAUGCAGCACCCGCACCAAACAACCAUAGCAACGCAAACGGACUCACAGACGGUACGGUACAGCGCUCGCAUGACACACGGGGGAAGGCGCGUGUGUGUGUAUCUGGACACUUCUGGUUUGUUUCCACCUGCCCCCCAUGUGUCUGCAGAUGUGCCGUCAUCGUCACUGCCCAAUGGCCCCACCCCUCGUGUGUCGUCUGAAGGUGGCGGGUGCCGGCUGUACAUCAUGACACUGGGGGUGCUCAAACCAUACAGGAGGCUGGGCAUCGGUCAGACAGUGCAGUGCUCACGAGGGAGGGGAUGGAUACUAACAUGUAUACUGGGCUCAUGUACGUCUGUCUGUCUGUCUGUCUGUCCGUCUGUGUGGGUGCGUGCAUGUGUUCUCAGGCACUCGUCUGCUGGAGUGGCUGCUGGAUGAGGUGCACAAGGCAAACGCGGAGACUCCAGCGCAGAGGGGACACGGUGAGUGAGUACGGUGAGGCGAAACAAGGCGACUGACUACCUGCACGGAUGGCUGGCACUUUGUGUGGCUGUCUGUGUGCCUGUAGGUGUGUUGGAUGACAUUUAUCUGCACGUGCAGAGCAACAAUGACGUGGCCAUUGCGUUUUAUCAGCAGUACGGCUUCAGCGUCAUCAACAGGCUGGAGCACUACUACACCACACUCGACCCCUCCGACUGCUACGUCCUCAGCAAGAGACUCACCUAGCGACUGCGUGAAUGGAGGGAUGGAUGGAUGGAUGGAUGAGUCUGGACUCGCUCUGGGUCUGUUCUGUGUUCCUCUUCCUGCUUCCUGCCCGCUACAUGCGUUUUCAUGCGUGUGUGGAUACUCAUCUUUCAUCCAACGACUCAAAACAUGUCCAACGACUCUCGGC